AAUAGUCUUGCCCAUCAAAAAGUUACGCGCAUCGAGGGGGCCUGCGCGCUUGUCGGAUUGACAACUUAAAGGCCUGCACACCAAGAAGCACUGCCGGAGGGAUGGAGGUGGGUCGCUGCCGGCCUGGACUGGUGUCAUAGUCGGGCUACUGGAUUCGGACUUGCUCGUCGUGGGCUGCACCCGUCUGGGCUACACUGGUCUGCUGUUGCGGCCGUUGGUCGCUGAUCUGCCGUCGGGAGUUACCACUACUGCGCUCGCCGGAGGGAAGGGGUCGCCGGAAUGAGAAUGGAGUCGCCGGGAACCUGAACGAAGCAGGGAGCGGUUUGCAGGAAUGGUUGCUAUAAAAAAACCCAAAACCGCUGACUCGUCGCCGGUGGAAAGAGCUCCGUCCGGGUCGGGUCGUAAUCUGACCCAAUCUCCUCGUGGCGUGAACUUGGAUCCUCCAGGUGUUGAUUUCUUCCUCCAAGUUCAUCGUCCCGACAUGGCCGGCGGUGAUCUGGAUCUGCUGUCUGCUACGCCCAGCGGUAUCUGGUUAGUGCAUCCCAAACGCCGCUGGUCCGGACUCCGUCGUCGCUGCGGGUCGCUGCCGGAAUCGUAGAUUGGAGCGCCGCUUGGGGGUCUCCGAAGAGGACGCGAAUGGCAUGCAGGUUUGUUGAAGCGUUUGGCUGGUACCCUGGGUCUGAGAACGAUGGAGAGCGACGUUGUACCAGUGGCCAAAGAAUGAAGUCGGCCAGAUUUAGUUUCUGCCGCUAUUUUGACUAAUUUCUUUUUUUUACGAACUGGAAGAACAAUUUGGUAAAAGAAAAAAAAUCGAGAGCACGCUUGAUGCGUUCGACACUCUCAACGAGAGCACCAAUGUUGGGUUAAGGAACCCGGGGGCCUAGGUGACUAGGCGGAAGAGUAUCGAACCGAGUCGAGAGUGCACAAAUUUGGGGUCAAGUAAAAUAUGAGUGUUAUUGUGCUUGUUAGAACGUAAGCCAGAACGUGUGGUGUGU